UUGGAUAACCACAUAACCCAAGCAUCACAAUCGCUACACAUUCCUAAAAACCGUUUCAUUACCUUAAUUUAGAAUUCCCGUAACUAUAAAACACCCCGACACCCAUGAAAACAUUGAACACAAUCCCUCCCUCAAACCAAGGAACACUAAACAAAAAACAUAAAACAGGAUGAAAACCUCCACAAUCUGUUCCGUGUUCCUUGGUUUGAUACUAAUUUCUCAAUACCCUUUUGCCGCAAAUGCCAGAUCCGUUGGAUUACGCUCAGGCCUAAUUCCCGUCGUUUGCAGCGCUUCAUCCGACAACGCACAAUGCAACUCCAUCCUCGGAUCAAAUCCUCAAGCCGCACAAGCGAAAAGCUUCCCACAACUCGCAAAGGCUGUUCUCGAAAUGGCGUACGACAAAGCCGCUGCUGGACAGAGUUUUCUGAAAGCAUUAGCAGCAGAAACCAAGUCUCCAGCACUCAUACAGUGUGCUAAUUUUGAUUACGAUGGUGUUGUUAUGUCUUUUAAAAGCUCUCUUGAUGAGUUGAAGGAAGAUCCUCAAACUGCUAACUAUGAUGCUAAGGUUGCUAGUGAUGGAACUGCUCAAUGUGAUAGAGGAAUGGCUGCUGGACAUGUUGUUAAUCCUGAAGUUACCACUCUUAAUAGUCAGAUUACUUUUUAUAGUGAAUUGGCAUUCCUAGUCACUAAUAAACUUUGAUUGUGUUUGUUGUUUGGGGAUUAUGAGAAAGGUGAGAUGGAUUGUUUGGGUUGGAUGAUGUUUAGGGUCUCCUUAAUUGGGUUUCGAUAUAUGAAGGAGAGAUAUUAAUAAAAUAUAGCAAUUAUAUUGCUCA